AUGUCUCACAUAUGCAAGAUAUUCAGCUUAAGCCAAGACAAAGAGAGUGUCUUCAACUUGAAUCCAUAUGGAGCACAUGGAACAAGAUGGGAAAGUUGGUUCAUUGGCUUCCUUACUCCUUCUAGCAAUAGUCUGGAGGCAUUUCCUACUGCCUUGAUGGGCAUUCACAGCAUUAAAAUGCCCACUGGCCCAGAGAGAAAUUCCAUAUGGGAGGCUCGUUUGACACCAGUCCAUGCAGUCUGGGUAGCAGUCUGGGUAGCAGAUGCUCUAUUGGUGCUGAGCACUAACACAUGUGCUGGUGGCAAUGUGGCACCAUUGCCAAUGCCAAUGUGGUACCUUGUGGCACCAAUGACCAUGCCAAUGCCCAUUGUAACAUUAAAUUUUGUAUUAUUACAAUGGCAUUAA